AGAAGUAGAAGAGAAUCCAAUUCCUUUCUUUUCUGCAUCGCCAAACAGACCGUAACAAGACUCCUCUCUACUGGAUCACACGACUACCGCCUUCUACCUCUCUCGGAGACAAAUCCCCUUCAACCAGCAGUCCAGCACCCUCUCUCUCUCUCUCUCUCUCUCUCUCAUGGCAGGCUCAACCGAAGAACAUGAAAGCGAUCAACCACCAGUUCUCGACGACGAAGCCUCCAACGGCGAGGAUGACGACGACGUAUUGGACGAGGAUGACGAAGAAGACUUCGGCGACGGAGAAGAAGGACCAGUGGUUAGAGCCGAUAUGGACGACCUCUUCCGCCGCAUAUCAACGAACAGCGUCCCCCUCCGAGUCCACGACGUGUUCAUCAAAGGCAACACGAAGACCAAAGAAUCACUCAUCGAAUACGAAAUCGAAGCCCUGAAAAACGCCACCACGGUGCAAGAGCUCCUCCAGGCCGCGGCCGUCGCCAAUGCUCGUCUUCGCCGCCUCGGAAUCUUCGAUUCCGUCAACAUCACGCUCGAUGCGGGCCCGCCGGAGUUGCCGGGCACUGCGAACGUCGUCGUUGAGGUCGUCGAGACCAAAAACCCUAUCUCCGGCGAUUUCGGUGUAUUCUCGAAGCCUGAGGCUAGAUCUUGGUCACUUGAAGGAUCACUCAAGCUGAAAAACUUAUUUGGAUUUGGGGACCUUUGGGAUGGUUCUUUGGCUUAUGGCUGGGACCAAACAUCAGAGGUCAGUGCUGGUGUGUCUUUGCCUAGAUUGAGAGGAUUGGCAUCUCCUGUGCUCGGUCGAGUAUCUCUGCUGUCCAAGGAUUGGCUGAAUUUUUCAUCUUACAAAGAGCGAGAAUUGGGCUUGUCUCUUGGCCUGUUAUCUUCUACGAAUCAUGAUUUGGCAUACAAUCUUACCUGGCGUUCCUUAACAGACCCAUUACAGAUUGCAUCUAGGUCAAUAAGGAGGCAGCUUGGACAUGGUCUGCUCUCAUCCCUAAAGUAUACAUUCAAGAUUGACCAGAGAAACUCACCUCUGAGGCCAACUCAAGGAUAUGCUUUUGUUUCUACUUCUCAAAUCGGCGGUCUUAUACCUGAUUAUCGGAGCUUACGAUUUUUGCGCCAGGAGUUUCAUCUUCGUUACGCUUUUCCCUUGGGUUUUUAUAACGCUGCAGUCAACUUUGGGGUUUCCAGUGGUGCCAUUUUUCCCUGGGGAAAUGGAUUCUUGAAUAUGCCCUCUUCUAUGCCGGAGAGAUUCUUCUUCAGUGGUAAUUCUUCUCCGGUUUGCAACUUGGGAGGCCCGAUGACGUUGUUAGGGUUUAAGCCAAGGGGAUGGGGCCCUACUGAACCAAGGAGGCAAAUUAGAGAAAACUCCAAUAAUGAAAGUUCUGAUACUUAUUCAGGUAGGGAUUUUCUUGGAGGAGACCUUGCUUUUACAGGUUUUGCGGACCUUUCUUUCGAUUUUCCAUUGAGAGUUUUGCGAGAAGCUGGUAUCCAUGGACAUUUCUUUGCUUGUGCUGGGAAUCUUUCCAAAUUAACAGAGAAUGCAUUUCGAGAUUUUUCUUUGAAGAAGUUCCUUGAGUCUUCCCGAAGCUCUGCAGGAUUUGGAAUCGUUGUACCUACUAAACUAUUUCAAUUGGAGAUAAACUACUGUUACAUACUGAAACAACUUGAGCAUGACCGUGGGAAGACUGGUGUGCAAUUUAGUUUCUCUUCACCAUUAUAACAAUUGUAAUCGUUUGUACCCUUGUUUGGUGCUCAACAACAUUGGAGUUAACGAAGGAAACCUAUGAGUCCAGGAUAAUGAGAGUAUUAUGCGGCCAUUUGAGAAGUUUGUUUCUUCACCGACAAUUCCGAUUUAGAUGGCUUUUUGUCUUUUCUGUAAGUUCUCGUGAAGUGCAAAUACAGGUAAAUAAAUAUUGAAGGUACCAAUUUAUAGAUGGCUCACCUUCGUUCCAGAUUGGUUGGAAAGACUGAAAUUCUCCUGCUUCCAACUUCUUUCAAUGGAUCCGAUAGUUCAUCGUUGAUUGGUCACUGGUCAGUACUGAUAACAUUCUUCUAUACAUUUCCAUGCAAAAUGAAGUCAAAGUUGGAUUCUGUUUCACUCUUUUCUUCUUAAAUGAGAGAAUAAAAUUCACGACUGCUUUUUUUU